ACCAGUGGAAGGCAAGAGUCAAGAGGACGGUCAUGGACGAAAGGCCUGUGUUUGUUUGUAUUUUGUUUUGGGUCACUUAUAUAUAUAUAACUUAUAUACACAUGACCGGCCAAUUUUUGGGAGAAGAGUUGUGGAAAAACGGGGUGGUCAAAAAGUCAUUUCUUUGUUGUACGGAUUUCGUUCAUGACCCAAGUUCUGCGUGAUCGCAAGCAACUUCUUCCAGUGAAACCUUCGCCUGAGAGAUCCGCGUCCAUGAGGCCUGGCUUUUUGGCUCAGAUGUCCUUCACGUUCCUAUAGCGAAACCAUCCAUACGAAUCCGCGCCGUAUGUGGUGCAAACGUGCGCUCUUGGUGCCGUUGGCACUGCUUGUUGCGCCCUGUGUGGCGCUUUCCAGCCGAGACACUCCGGCCCGCAGCACCGGGGUGGUGGCACCCAAUGUUCCGCCCGAGGGCCGCCCUGGCCGCCCAAACCGAGGGCCGCGAUCCAUGAUGAGCUUGGCAAACCGAUUUGAUGUGAUCGUUCGAUCCUUUUGCGUGGUGGCCGUGGCGGAGAUUUUCGACAAGACGUGGUUUGUGGCGUUGAUUUGCGCCUUGAACUAUGGGAAGAGGAUCUCCUUCGUGGGCGGCUUCUUAGCACUUGCCUUGCAUGUGUUCCUGGCGGCCGCUUUAGGGGUGGCCAUCUCCCAGUUCUUCUCCAUCCAGGCCUUGUGCUUUUCAACCGCCGCGGUCUUCUUCUUUUUGGCCUUGGCUUAUGCCAGCGAGCUUUUCACGGCCCAGGCCACGGAUGACGUCAUCGCGGAGCGCAGUGCAGAGGCCAAGGAAGCCCUGCAAGGCGAGACGGAGGCCGCGUGGAGCGAUGCCUUCUUGCGUGUCUUCGUGGCGGUCUUCAUUGCAGAGUGGGGCGACCGCACCCAGGUGGCCAUGAUUACCUUGCAUUCCUCUGCGCCGUGGCUGCCGGUAUGCCUGGGUUCUUUAGUGGCCUUCUUCUUGUUGACCUUCAGCGCCGUCGCGGCCGCCAGCCUCGUGCAGCAUGCCAAGUUGAGUGAGCGCUUUGUCCUGGCCAUCAGCGCGGUGAGCUUCUUGCUUUUUGCCGCCUUGGCACUCCGCGAUGGCUUGAUGCAAAGGGCAGCCGCAUCGGGCUCACUGGCGCCGUAUUGAGGGAAAGAAGACUUGCUGGCAGGGUGUGUGUCAC